CCCGACAUGGCGUUAUAAUAUAAUUUAUAUUUCCAACAACUUUUCUUUUGCCAAACUGGAAUUACAUUCACACCGUAACAGACAGUUCAGCAGACAGCUAGACAGAAAAGGCUCUACAGACAACAUGUCCAUCACCACCAGUCAACCCUGCAAGCAGGAAAGGAAAGGCAGUUUCUUCAAGCUGAUCGACUCAUUUGCCUGGGAGAUCGGCACAUUAAAGAAGGAGAUGGGGAAAAAGACGAAGCCUGCAGAAGGAGGCCAUGAGACAGAUACACUUGAUGGACUGGGUGAAGAGGUUGGAGGUCUUUUCCUGCAGGCCUCCCCUUGUGCUGGGAUCGGAGCGGGGCUGGCUGGAGCCAGAGAUUCAGGCUACGACUCCCUCCAUCGGAGGCUCAGUGUUCUGGACAGACUGGUGCACACGCAUGCUGUGUGGCUACAACUGGGCCUCAGCCACCAGGAUGCCAUACAAAUACUGCAGAACCAACCGACUGGGACAUUCGUGGUGAGGAAGUCAACCAGCCUGCAGAGGAAAGUCAUAUCUCUUCGCAUGAACAAAGACUCUGCAGUUCCUGUCAAAGACUUCCCUGUUAAGGAGAGCCAAUACACUUUCUCUUUGGUGGGAUCAGGGCUGAGCUUUGCAGACCUUUUCCGUCUGGUGGCAUUCUGCUGCAUUAGCAGGGACGUGUUGCCCUUCACUCUGAAGCUUCCAGAAGCCAUUGCUUCAGCCAGAACGUCUGCUGAUCUUGAGGAGGUUGCUAAACUUGGAGCAGGCUUCUGGGAUGCUCAGUUGUGCCACAAGAGGAAGGGCUCGGUCUCCUUAACAGGAAUAGCUGCUCCCGACAGACCACCUCCCCCUGUUCAGAGACCAGUCUCCUUGGCAACCACACCAGGGCGCCCUCGGCUUCGAACUCGCACCCCAUCUGAGCUCGAGUGUUGCCAGUCCAACGGAGCACUUUGCUUCAUCAACCCCCUUUUCAUAAAGGUUCACCAGCCAGAUGGUGACCACAGCACAGCCUCAAAUCCCUCUGGUACAGCAAAGCAGGGUUUGAGGGAGGAGCUCGUUAAUGACAGCCUAGAAACCAACAAUAAGGACACGCAACACACUUGUAGAGACAGUCCUCAGAUCUGUAGCUCAGAUCAAAGCGACAGUAGCCGAUCAGGUCACAGCAACACAGAGCUACGGGAGGAUAACAGCCAAACCAGUAGCAGCAGUCAGAGGCUAAGUGCUGCAGACAGUGUGCCACGGUCCCCACCUCCACGCCCACCCCCGCCUCGCAUUGUGCCGCAGCACUCAGCCCCUCUUCUCCGACAGCACAGCAUGCCAGAGAAAAUCUCCUGGAUCAAUGUCCCCAAGGAGAAGGUGGAGGAGAGGGAGAGAGGUAGCAGCAUCUUAUCUCGUCUGGGCUCCUCUCUUAGUAUCAGCCCCUCAUCCUCCCCUCCCAAGAGACUCAGCAUCAGCUCCCCCAUAUCCAUCCCCCGGCCCUCCCUGCCCAUCUCUCUAUCAUCGCUCUCCUCCUCUCCACGUCGGGCCAAGGCCUCAUCAUCAUCGUCCAGCCAGGAGGAUGCCCAGUGCCACUUGGCGCUGGAGGACCAGACUAUUGAGAAGGCCCUCAUUAGGGCCAGAAUGACUCAGCUCAGCGCUACCAGAACCCCUGCCCAAGACUCCAGCUCUCCUCCAGACCCGUCACUGAUUACAGCAAGCAAGCAGACACAUGUGGCAAGGGGAGAAGAAGAAGAAACAGGCGAAGAAUGCAGUGGUGGCGGCCAGCGACUGAGUGACAUGAGCCUCUCCACAGAUUCCUCAGACUCCCUGGAUUUCUCUCAGUCCUCAGCCUUCUUCCUUCCUCCUCUGCAUGACCCCAGCCCCCCCACUGUGGCUGACUUUAACACCCACCUCCCCCUCUCCCUCCCACCAUCCCACCUGCCUUACUGCAGCAUGGAGGAGGACGACGAUGAUGAGGACGACGAGGAUGAAGACGAGCCCGACUACGGUGUUAGUCUCGAGAGCGACCAGGACCAAGACCAGGACCUGACCAUGGUGCCUCCAGGCCACCGCACCAAGCGCCGCACCAGUGCCGGUGCUUUGGUCCUGCAGAAGGCUCUGCGAGGGCACCUGCGCAAAAUGAGUGGUGUUUUCAACUCGCUGCUGACGCCUGAGAAGAGGGCGAUCCGCAAGGUGGUGGAGCUGUCAAGGGAUAAAGGCUCGUACUUCGGCUGCCUGGUGCAGGACUACCUGAGCUACAUGGGCGAGGGUGCGGGCACCCAGGCCUGGCAGGGCUAUGCCUCGGGACUGGAGCUGCUGCAGACUCUCCGCCAGUUUAUCACUCAGAUGAAGAGCUACCUGAGACAGAGCUCCGAGCUAGAGCCGCCAAUCGAGAGCCUUAUUCCUGAAGACCAGAUCGACCUAGUCCUGGAGAAGGCCAUGCACAAAUGCGUCCUGAAGCCCCUCAAACCGGUAGUGAGUGUGGCCCUGCAGGAGUUCCAGGUACGCAGAGGGGAGUGGCAGGAGCUGAAAGAGAACCUAGCAUUGGCAAAGGCCCGGCAGCCACAGGAAAUGGGCGUGGCCGACACACUGCCCCCGGACCCCAUGGCCAUAGAGAAGAUCAAGCACAAGUUCCACACCAUGAGUAAACUGUACUCCCCAGAGAAAAAGGUCACCAUGCUGCUGAGAGUCUGCAAACUCAUCUACACCAUCAUGGAGGACAACUCAGGUCGUCUGUAUGGUGCUGAUGACUUCCUGCCCAUGCUAACUUAUGUGUUGGCCCAGUGCGACAUGCCCCAGCUGGACAACGAGAUCCUUUACAUGAUGGAGCUGCUGGACCCCUCUCUGCUGCAUGGAGAAGGUGGCUACUACCUGACCAGCGCGUAUGGAGCUAUGUCCCUGAUCAAAAAUUUCCAGGAGGAGCAGGCAGCCAGAGUGCUGAGUUCUGAAACAAGAGACACACUGCAUCAGUGGCACCGCCGACGCACCACCCUACGCUCUGCACCUUCCAUUGAUGACUUCCAGAACUACCUGCGGGUGGCGCUACAGGAGCUGGACAGCGGCUGUACAGCCAAAACCCUCCAGGUUCGACCUUAUGCCACAGUGGAGGAGGUGUGUCAGCUGUGUGCCCAGAAGUUUAAAGUGUCAGACCCUGAGAACUACGGCUUGUUCCUGCUGAUGGAGGGCAGCAGCCAGCAGCUGGCACCAGACACCCACCCUCAGAAGAUCAAGGCUGAGCUCCACAGCCGCUCACAGGCUACACCCUUCCACUUAGUGUUCCGCCGCAUAGCCAACAGCAACACCUCCUCGUCAGCUCCCCUCAAUGUUACGCCCAACCUCAACGACCUCACCGUGACCUCUGACCCCCAGGCCAACCUGAAUGACCUCAGCAUGGACCUGUCAGCCCCCUCCCUCCGGCCCGCUCUCAGCUCAGGCCUCAGUCCCACUCUGAGCCUCAGCCUGCCACCCACCCACCUCAAUGGCAACUCUAUAUCUAUAUGACUGGAACAGCACGGCCGACUGGAAGUUUGAACGGGGUCUUUGUCUCCCAGCCGUGACAGUAUCGCCCAUUAUCUCUAACAAACAUGCUUCCAUAAAGGGUUCAACUGGGCAAAACACUGUGUCGUGCCAGUCUUUGCAAAGACUUCUCCUUUUGGAUGGCACGUCUGUCUCAGUCAACAUCCCCUCGCUGGAAAGUUCUGUCAGACAGACAUGGGUGAAAGAGGAAAAGAAGAAAGGAGAGAAGGAAAUGAGAGGUUUUUUUUAUUUCCUCAGCUCUAUAUUUGGUAUCCGAGCAACACUCUCAAAGUCUAAACACAUGGUUAAAGCAGUGAUAUCGGAGAUAAUGAACACUAAAGUGUGUUCACAGUCCUGCCUUCAUGCUGGUGCUUCACAUACAGAUUCAGGGUAACCUGUUGUUGUUGUCACCUUUAGGGUAUAUAGAGAGAAAUCAGAUCCAUGUGAGACUAAUCUUUGAUCAAUCACUUUAAAUUUACAGCAUUGUUUAUUUAGGUGAUAGCUAUAACUUUGUUUUACUCAUGGUACAGUUGCUGGUAAACUGUUAUUAUGUUGUUUGUGUUUUGAAACUGUUUCUCCUUUAGAUUGUUUCUAUGUUUUGACGGGUUUGGCGACACCCAGUGGUGGCUGGUGCACACAGCAAGAAUUCAACAAUACGCCUUACUGCAACAACAUUUAUCUGAAGAAAACGUGUAAUGUAAAAAAAAUUAUAUAUAAAGUGCUGUAGCAAAGUUAAAAAUGAUUUUCCAACGCACAUUAGAAGAUAAUCCAGGUAUAUGAAAUCUAUGCUGCAGCCUCUAACUCCAGAUUCAUUGAUGAACAUUAAAUAUGAACCUUGUUUACACAGUAAAUGGCUAUUGGUGGUAGCAAACACACACAUACUGUGUGAGUUGUGUUGGAAACUGAAUAUGUAUGGCUUGUAGGGGGAAACAGCACUUUGCAGCAACUAAUCUACAACUAGAUUUUCUACUUCUCAUUAAAAGAAAAAGAGCUGUACAGAUAGAACCUUAACAAGCCAGCAGGCAUUAAAAGAGUACGCCAUCCAUUUAGCAUUGCACUUCCAUAACAUUGUUUGACUCACGCUGGACAGUUUUUGAAAAAGGAUCAAAAUCAGUGAAUAGAACCAGAGAUAGUACCUUUUUUAUUCCACAUGUCCUUGUCAAAAGCUGUUGCCUCCAUUACCCACAAUGCAAACUAGGGAUGACACUUAAUUUUGCUUUUAAAAGCCGUACACCCAUUAACCGAUUACUAACUGGGUAUUUUGAAGAAAAAAAAAUUAUAAAUGACAUUAAAAACAAGAGGCACUUUCCUUUUAAUCCAGCGCACCAUUGACUCAGUGAGCUUUAGCGUCACAUUUCAAACUGGUAUUCAUUUAGAGGUGAUGAGAUUUUGAUGUUUUAUGAUGCUCAUGUUUUGCCUUUUAUUUUCUGUUGGCUUUGCUGACACAUGGCCAGCUAGCUGCAUUAACCUGCAGAAACAUGGUGCCUACUUGCUCCUGGUCUCCACUGUAUAGCGAGCCCAGAUCGGGUGGGAGGGAGCUAGUGCUGCUCAUUCUGUGAUUGCCAGUAAUGUCCUUACUCAUGGUGGCAGGACAGCAUGGCUGUGGAAACAUGGUGGCCAUCCUUUGGUCUCCCGUGGGUCGCCCCAGGUGAGUCAGCGACUCAGUCAGCGAGUAUGUCUCAAAUCACGUGCUUUCGUUAGUGUACUACACUGAAGUGUACUACAUUAUGUACUUCUUGCAUGGUGCACUAGUUUCAACACAUAGCCUAAUGUCGCAUCUUACGCUCUGCUGUUUUUUACUUACUGGAAGUGACAACAGCCUUGUGUUUUUUUAACUGCCUCUUCUUCUUCUUUGUCUUCUUUUGAAACAGCAAAUUGCAAACAGACGGUGGAGCAUUAUCACCAACACUUGACUGCUAUCUCCAAAUUCAUUACAGACCCAACAAACAAUUCUCACGGCUUCUGUUUGACAACAGUAUUGGAACUUAGUGUAAAAAAACAUGCACAAUUUACAUCUGUAUAAUGCAGCAGUGUUCACUGUAGCCAGCUCAGGCUUGUUGUCUCCAGCCGCCAUGUCAAAAGUUAAGAAGUUUGUGAUGCAGUGGAGGGUGAGAAGUGUCCAUGAUUCCACACUUAACUUUUAAACCAUUUUGCGCCAGUAGUACUUUGCAUUUUCCCGUACUAUGCAGUGUGAACACACUCAGCGCACUUGUGCACUCAAAGUGCUUAGUGUUUAGUACAGAAGUAUGUGAUUUGAGACACACUUCUUAUUUUGAGCUGCAAAAAUCAGUAGCAUUGUUUACUAAGGUAUGUUAACACCACUAGUUAUGCUGAUGCUGGCAUUGAUGCUGACAGAGCUAACAGUGGUUAAUAGUGCUAAAGGGAUUUUGCGGCUGAACAUUAGACGCUUACUCACCAGGGCAACCUGACUGGGAGACCGUAGGGUAACCACCAUGUAUCCACAGCAACAUGCGGUGUUGCGGCACUGCUAGCUAGCUCCCACCCAACCCACCUGGUGCACAGUGCAGAGCAGCUAGCUGACGAGUGUAGCAUGUACACCUUAUUAGCUUUGUUCUCGAUGUGGUAAAGCAUAGUGCCUGUCCUACUACUAAACUGAGAAGUAGCAAAGCUACAGGCCAACAUGUGUAACCCUUCAAAUUUAACCAUUGCUGUCGCCAAGCUGCAAAUGCUCCAUAAUGUCAGAAAAACUUUGUUGCCAAAAGUGUGCAGACAAGGAAAAAAGACAGACAAGAUGUGGCAUUUUCUCUGUUAACUUGUUGGAGUCAAACAAGCCUCAUUUUCUGUUUCCAUUUUACAAUGGAUGAUAAUCAAAUAACAGUCUAUUUCUUUAUCAGAUCUACUGAUGAGCCACAUGCAGCAUUUCCUGGGCAUAAAGUAGCAUAUUUCAGACAGACCCUGGCUUUAUCAAUGAAGGGUUUAAUAUAUAAUAUGGCAUUUUUAUAUGACAAGGAUUAACAUUUUAAAAUGUGUAAAUACUUGUUAUUGCAUGUAGUUUAAGUGUAAUGUUAGAUACAGGCAGGUCUGCCAGUGUUUAAAACAUGUAACGUUCAUUUAUGUAUGUACUGAUUAUCCUGGUGAUAUGAAAGAUACUGUAUCAUACCUGAUAUCUAUUGCUUGUUAAGGGGCAUCUUUUCCAUUCAGAUUCUGAUAAUAUGUGAUGGAGGAAAGACUGGCUGCCAUAUUACAAAGCUUUGUACUACUGACAAAUGUUUAAGGUUUUUAUCCUGGUGAAAAAAACACACUGUGGUCAGUUAUAGAAAGGAUGUGCGAAGUUCAAAGCUGGUCUGAGAGAGAAUGUUACUGAGAUGGGCUCGCUCUGCAAUAUAGUCUACAUCAGUAUUGAGUUUGGUGAUGUCAGUUAAAAAAAUACUUGAAAUUUUCUUGUGAAUUUUAAAGGUUCCAGUAGAUGGAAAAUCAAAUUAAUGUGCUGUUUAUUUACUGAGUGUGUUGAACUAUAACACUCCAUUCAUUCCCAUUUUACAGCAUCAUGAGGUCUAAAUGUGUGAGGUGUGGUCAGUAGAGAGGGAACCUGAGAGGUGUUGGAGGAGUCGACUGGCAUUAAUGUCAUGUAUGGUCAGUAUAACCUGUACAGAGCUCACCGUGUUUAUCUCUGGGGGCCAAGUGUUCAAAGAUGAAUUGACUUGUACUGCCAUGCUAUUGGAAAUCUAACUUUCUUUGAUUAAGUGACUAUUUAUAUGUCUCUGUGCGGGGAUUUUUCACAGAUGGCUUUACCAUGUCUAUAAUAUUCUUUAUGGUGUCAAAAUGUCAUUUGCAUCCAGGAGACAUCUUCCUGUUCAUUAUAUGUCAUUGAAUGAUAUAAAAAAAAUAUUCUUUUGCACUUAAUAAAUGUUAGAAAUGGAAUAA